UUAUAAUUUCUUCCCUGUGUACAUCCCUUUCUGUUGAAAUGUUGUUGUGUUCAUGAUAUAAAGAGAAAAGAAAUGGCCUCAUCAGUCAACCAACUUUGCACAAUUUGCCAUGAUGAUGGAAUCUCCAACUCAGCAGUCACAUGGUGCACAGAAUGUGAGGUUUUAUUUUGUGGAGACUGUGAAAAACCUCACAGCAAGUCAAGAUUGUCUAAGAACCAUAAAACCAUGUCAGCAGUAGAUUACCAAAAGUUACCUACAUUCAUGCAAGAAAUAAGUAGUCAGUGCAGAGACCACAACAAGAAGUUUGAACUUUACUGUUCUUUCCAUGCCUGUCCAUGUUGUGUCCAGUGUGUCACUGAUAAGCACCAAAAAUGUCAAGACAUGAAACCCUUGUCUGAUAUCCUACAGCAAGUAAAAUCAUCUGCCUCAGUACAACUUUUUGAAAAAGAUUUGAAUGAUGUGAAGGAAAACUUCGAUACAGCCAUAAAGUACCUGAAAACCAGGAUCAGUACCAUCAACAUUCAGAAAACCAAAGCCGUUGAGGAAAUCCUGUAUUCGAGGAAGACGAUCGAUGAUUACUUAGACAAAUUAGAGCAAGACAUACUUAAUGAUUUAGAGUCUAAACCUUCAAAGCUUAAAUCAAACAUGGCCACUCUCGUGCAACAAAUGGAACAGCAAGUCAGUCAGAUAAAUCAAAUGCAGAGUCAGUUUACCAAAAUGACACAACAUGCAACAGAGCUACAAAUGCAUAUUGGUCUGAGAGAAAUUGAGAAAACUACAUCACAAAUGGCAAAAUAUUUAGAAGAUUUAGAAAGUGGAGACAACUUCAUUGAAAAGAAUCUAGAGGUAAACAUUUCCUCUGCUCUUCAAUCAAUAUUACAAGAUGUCAAAUCAUUUGGAGAUAUUAAUAUAAAUAGCACCUCUUCUACUCUACAAAUAAAGGCUGGAAGAAAAGAUCAAGCCCAACACUUAGUUCCAAAAUAUCCCAGGAUUGAAAAAAUGAAGCCAUCAUUGUUGACAAGACUGAAAAUUCCAAAAGAUAAGAAGUCUUUAAGUAUAUUUGCCUGUCUUAUACUACCUGAUGGCAAAUUUAUAUUACUUGAUUACAAUAAAAGACAAGUACUGCUGUUCAGUAAUGAUGGCAUAUUCAUCAGAAAAGUAGUUACAUUCAAAUAUUAUACAUGUGAUGCUUGCUUUGUCAGAAAUAAUACAGUGGCUGUCGCAUUAAGAUUAGAAAACAAGACAGCAAUGGUGGAUAUAGAAAAGAAUAAAAUUAUUCACAAAAUUAACCUUUCUCAUUAUUGUUAUGGAGUAGCAAGUGAUGGUAAAUCUUUGAUCAUCAGUAGUGGUAGUAAUGGUGGCCAGUGUACUACAGUGAAUCUGAAUGACAUGUCUCAUACCAUCGUAGAAGGAAUGGGAGGAGUGUAUCAUAUAUCAUUAUUCCAAAGAAAUAUCUAUGGUACCAUUUACAGUGAAAACAAAGUCUGCUGCUAUAAUAGCACUGGAGAACCUCUGUGGACAUUUCAGCACCGAGACAUUGCCAGCCCAGUAGGACUUACAUUAGACAAGAAUGGCUUUGUUUAUAUAGUUUCUUGUGAAAACAGCAGUAUUGUGGUAGUAUCACCAGAUGGAAAAACCUGUAAGACCGUACUAUCUCAAGCAGAUGGAAUCAAAUCUGUUUCUGCAAUAGACAUCAACAGAGAAAGAGGAAUGAUGAUAGUGUCAAGUAAAAUAAGUGAUGAUAGUAGAUACUAUGAUUCAGCUUUUGUUUACAAAAUUUAAAAUGUUAUUUUAUUUUAUUCUUUUAAUAAAAGAAUAUCUGUG